GCUGCUGUGUUGGUUCAGUGUUUUCGCAGAGAAGAGCGGCCGCCACGCUAAUCCACAUAUCAACUGAUAUUAUCAUUAUCGAGGCCAACAAAUGACCUGAUACACCAGCGCGAAGCUGCUUCGCUCUGGUUUGACAUAGCUAUUCUUCGGCUGGACCGCUUCCCUCAGGCUGUGGUGUAUCCGGACCGUUUGAACCCGGAGGAGCAGUUAGUUAUAUGUCGGUCUCCGCGCCGCCCGUUACCGCCUGUCUCUGUAGCCGCCGAGCAGUUAGCUCUCACACAAAGAGAGGCGUCCUGCUAACUAGCUAAACAACCAACAAACGUCCUGUUGUGUUGAUUAGUAAAAUGGAUACGUUUCAGAAGGUGGAAAAGAUAGGAGAAGGCACAUAUGGAGUGGUUUACAAAGCCAAGAACAAAGUCACCGGAGAAACUGUUGCUCUGAAGAAAAUCCGGCUUGACACGGAAACAGAGGGGGUACCGAGCACCGCCAUCCGAGAGAUUUCACUUCUCAAAGAACUCAGUCAUCCAAAUAUUGUCAAGUUGCGGGAUGUCAUCCACACCGAGAACAAGCUCUACCUUGUUUUUGAGUUCCUUCAUCAGGAUCUAAAAAAGUUCAUGGACUCUUUCACAGUCGCUGGCCUCCCACUGCCCCUGGUUAAGAGUUAUCUUUUCCAGCUGCUGCAAGGCCUGGCCUUCUGCCACUCUCACAGGGUUCUCCAUCGAGACCUGAAGCCCCAGAACCUCCUCAUCAACGCCCAGGGGGAGAUCAAACUCGCUGACUUUGGCCUGGCGAGAGCUUUCGGGGUGCCCGUCCGCACUUACACGCAUGAGGUGGUAACACUUUGGUACAGAGCACCAGAAAUCCUCCUGGGCUGUAAAUACUACUCCACAGCUGUCGACAUUUGGAGUCUGGGCUGCAUCUUUGCUGAAAUGCUCACCAAGAGGGCCUUAUUCCCCGGCGACUCAGAGAUCGACCAGUUAUUCAGAAUCUUCCGCACUUUGGGCACACCUGAUGAGACCGUCUGGCCCGGAGUCACAUCGAUGCCCGACUACAAACCAUCUUUCCCCAAGUGGGCCCGUCAGGAGUUAUCCAAAGUGGUGCCAAUUCUUGAUGAGGAUGGAAGAGAACUGCUUGGAGAAAUGCUGAAUUAUGAUCCAAACAAAAGGUUAUCCGCCAAAAACGCCCUUGUACACCGAUUCUUCCGUGACGUCACCAUGCCAAUUCCUCAUCUGAGACUCUGAAAGCAAAGCAUCAGUCCAUUUUAAUGCCAACAGUCUUUCAGCAAUAAGGACGUCCUCACUUCUCCUCAUAUCCACCACUGGAAUGGACAGAAAAAGUGGACACUACAGGAUAUGUUGGAUCCUUUAAUGGAUAUUUGUUAAUACCUAAAACCAACUUUCUAGAACAAUAGACAUCCCAUGAGUUUUGCUUGUUAAAAUAGUUAUGAAGGUUUGAUUGUGAUUUUCAGUAUCAUUCAUUUGCAUAUCUGUGUGCAGCUGCCAUUUUUGGUGUUAAUGUUAUUUGUGAUUGGGAUGAUCCUGACUGGGAUGCAGGUCAAGUAAACUCCUCCCAGUUACCCACCAUUGAAACAAUAUUUUGGCUUUAGGAUGUCCAAAUUCAAAUAGUCAAGGUGUUAGAAUUAAAAAUGUUUGAAUACGUUUGUGGGAUAGUGCAAAUAAUAAAUGUCAUACUUUGUAAAACUGAGCAGCAGCUGAAAUGAAAGAUGUGAGUGACACAACAAACAUCGUCAGCUGACGUUCAACAGUUGGUGCUAAAAUAAAACGAGGGUACAGUCGUGUUCUAUUAAGUUGAUUUUCUUGCGGUUAAAUUCUAAAUUUGGGACUAAAAUAUCUUGGAGAGAUUUCAUAAUGGCACCUUUGCUUGUUCAACACUCAAAAAUGUUUGGUGGUUGUUGAGGUUUGCUGACCAAAAAAACUGAAGUUCUCAGCUUUGUACAUACAGUUGUGAUAUAGAAAUGUUCCCUGUUGUAAUUCAGAUUUUACAGAAUUUAAUGUGCUGUCGCAUCUUUCUUACUCUAGAUUUUAUUCAAA